AUGUCGAGACUCACUGCUGGUCCUCACCGGUGCUCUGGGAGAGUGGAGGUGUUUCAUGGAGGUUCCUCUUCCACAGUGUGUGAUGCUGACUUUGACCAGCAGGAUGCAGAGGUUGUGUGUCGAGAGCUGGGCUGUGGGAUUCCUGUGGAGGUUCUGGGAUCAGCUGCUUUUGGCCGAGGGGAGGGUCAGGUGUGGACAGAGGAGCUUCAGUGUAGAGGAAAUGAAUCUGACAUUACCUUCUGUCCAACAUCAUCUUCACUCAAACACUCAAACUGCUCCCAUUACAGCGAUGUGGGAUUAAUAUGUUCUGGUCACACAGGGGCGCGGCUGGUGAACGGACCGGACUCCUGUUCUGGUCGAGUGGAACUCCAGUACCUCAGUGACUGGGGCACAGUUUGUGCUGUAGGCUGGGAUAUGAGAGCUGCAGAUGUUCUCUGUGCACAGCUGGGUUGUGAGAGUGCUGUGGCUGUGGUGGAGGUGGACUGGUUUGGGGAGGGGAGUGGCCACAUCUGCGCUGAUGUGUUUGACUGUCAGGGGAAGGAGACACACCUAUCACAAUGUGGCAUCUCAUCAUGGAGUCGAGCUGCAUGCUCUCAUAAACACGAUGCUGGAGUCAUCUGUAAUGGAUCAUCCGUGGCGUUUCAUGAGGGGCGAGUGCGGUUGUGUGGAGGGAGCGAGUGUCAGGGGGAGGUGGAGAUUUAUUUCAGGCAGGACUGGAGGAGAGUUCUCCUGGACUCGUGGAGUCUGUCUGAGGCGUCUGUGCUCUGCAGACAGCUGGGCUGUGGCUCCGUGCUGAACUACCGCUCCUCUCCAUCCACCACUGAACACAAACACAUGUGUGUAACGGGUUUCAGCUGCUCUGGGAGUGAAGCUCAUCUGGGGAACUGCAGCAGUGCACAACCUGUCAACUGCAGCUCCGGGGAACAGCUGUACAUCACCUGCUCAGACCCCAGCUCCAUCAGGCUGGUCGGUUCUGGUGGAGACUGUGCAGGAAGGCUGGAGGUUUUCCACAGCGGCUCGUGGGGGACAGUGUGUGAUGACUCGUGGGAUAUUGAGGACGCGCAGGUGGUGUGCAGACAGCUGCAGUGUGGAGUGGCCCUCAGUACCCACAUACCAGCCUGGUUUGGUCCUGGAACUGGGUCCAUAUGGCUGAAUGAGGUGGAGUGUGAGGGGAACGAGACGUCCCUGUGGAACUGCAGAUUUCAGCUGUGUGAAGAGGGUGAAUGUGGACACCAGGAGGACGUAGGAGUCGUGUGCUCAGAGUUUAAAGAGAUCCGACUCACGGAGGGCUGUGAGGGGAAUCUGGAAGUGUUCUACAACGGAACCUGGGGUAAUGUGUGUCACAACGAGAUGGAGCUGGAGUUAGAAACAGCAGAUAUGGUGUGUCGAGAGCUGAACUGUGGAAGAGGCGAGCGUUUGGACUCGGCCAGAGCGAGAGUCGAAUCUGCUCCUAACUGGAUGGAUCAUGUGAAAUGUAGGAAACACGACUCUAAUCUGUUGAAGUGUCCAUCUUCACCCUGGGGACAGAACAGAUGUGAUCAUCGUACUGAGGUGGUUCAUAUUACCUGCACAGAGCACUGGUCUCUCAGGCUGAGUGGAGGAGAGGGAAGCUGCUCUGGGAGGUUGGAGGUGUAUCAUAACGCUACGUGGGGCUCCGUUUGUGAUGAUCAGUGGAACAUCAGGAACGCUCAGGUGGUGUGCAGACAGCUGGGCUGUGGGUCGGCGCUGAGUGCUGAUAGGAAUGUUAGUUCUGGUCCUGGUGAAAGGACUAUCUGGCUGAACAGAGUGAAGUGUCGAGGGGAUGAGAUUCACCUGUGGGACUGUCAUCAUUCCCUGAAGAAACACACUGACUGCUCUCCUGCUGGAGUCACCUGUGCAGACGUGUCCACUACUACACCCACCAUCACCACCUCCACCACCACCACCACCACCACCACAUCAGUAAGAGCUCCUCCAAAUCCUCCAGCACCUAAAGCUCCACCCACCCCUCCACUGGUUCUCUUUGUGUUGGGAACGCUGCUCUUCCUGGCCUUAGUGCUUCUGCUGGUCCUGUUUUACCAGAACAGAGUGCUCAGGAGAGUUGUCUCUGAGAGGAGGCGUAAGACUCAGCCUGAGGCAGUCUAUGAGGAGAUCAACCACAGACACAUCACUAGAAGAAGGACGAGCUCCACUCAAAGAGGAAGUCUCCUCUCUGAAGAACAGCAUUCUGGGUAUGAGCAUGUGGAUGAUGAGCUUCUCUCAGUAAAGUCUGGGACUGGAGAAAAGGCUGAGUAUUAUGAUGACGUCAUCGACACCAGUGACUUCAUAAGUGAUACAGGAAGAGUUGACCCACCAGAGGACUACGAUGAUGCCGUCACUGCUGGACCGGUCCCUGAUAACGUGGAUGAGGAUGAAGCUGAGAAUUAUGAUGACGCCGUUACAGCUGAUCAGAAGUCAGUUAUACUGACAGAGGACGUGUCUGAGAACUACGACGAUGCGGUUCCCACUGAAACGAACACAAACAUCAUCACAGGUGGGCGUUCCUCACCCUCACCUUCUCCGACUCCGCCCUCCAUUCAAUAA